AUGAAGCCAUGGGCGGCCUUGUCGUAUUUCCUGGCUUUGUGUGGGGCCGAGCACAUCCUAUGGUUGCAGAGGCACGACUUCCAGCAAUUGGCGCUGACGGAUGCCAACUCCACCGUGUACCAGGCUUGGCAGACAAGGAGUCAGACAAGCACUUUGUAUGCGAAUCGGCUUCUUGCACUGGAGCAACUGGCAACGAGCAGUCUGCGAUCGGAGGAGCUGAAAGACAGACGGAACUUGUACUACACAGCUGCAGUGCAGAUUGGCGCGCCGCCCAAGGAGGUGCAGCUCAUCCUGGACACAGGAUCCUCGGACCUCUGGGUUUCCGACCGGGUUUACGACCCUGAUGAAUCUACGACAUGGAGUUCGGAAGGGCAGCCCGUGAACAUGACUUACGGCAUCGGCUUUAUGAGUGGUGUCUACGGGCUCGAUCGGGUCUGUCUUGCAACAAUGCCUCAGAGGACCUGUAUCAACGAGCAGCCCGUGAUUUACGGCAUGGAAACGCGAGACAUUCCCAACAGAAUCCAUGGUGUCCUCGGGCUGGCCUUCAUCGGACUUUCACAUGUGCAUCGCACAUUCCUGCGGAAUCUCAACGAGAGCUUUGCGGACCUCGCCUUCGCGUUUGCGCUGCACGGGGGUGACCAGAAAUCGCUGUUCACAGUGGGCGACUACGAUGAGGUCCUCGCUCGGGGCUUCCAGGUCACCGGCAUCGACAAAGCUUCGGUGGUGCGUGCAAACGUUCUGAGCGUUUUCAGGGUCCAAGGCGAAGCGGGACCCCAAGCAGGCUGGUGGCUCGUGAAAGCGCGCGUGAAG